AUGUCGAGGUAUAUGUCUAUGCUCUAUACGAGCAACCUCCGCGGCAACAUUCCCAGGUCUAAGAAGCUGCAGCAUACCCAGUGGCUACCAGUUUCGUCGAAUAUAGGAGAAACUGAGCAGAAACACCCGACCCUGGUAGAUCAUUCCCGGGAAGUCCAUUCUUUCGCUCAUGCGGAUAUUCGAACGUGUCCUUUCAAUACAGCGAAGCAUUAA